CGUAUUAGCUGGGGUAGUCUAUGAAAACCCUCAUCCAAGUCCGCUGGAGGGUUCAAAACCUGCUAGACUUCAUUCAAAUCUGAACCACGUAUUACUUUUAGAUUGCUAUAAGUACACAUUUGAGAAGAAAUGUCUCACUCAUGGGGAUAUGCAGCUAACAACGGACCAGACAAAUGGCAUGAGAAAUUUCCAAUUGCUCAAGGACCCAGGCAGUCUCCCAUUGACAUUGUGCCCUCCCAGGCACAGCACGACCCAAAUUUGAAGCCACUCCGUAUCGUUUAUGAUCCCAACACAUCCAAAGGGAUUUUGAACAAUGGACAUUCCUUCCAAGUUGACUUUGCAGAUGAAAACGACAGCUCAACACUGCAAGGAGGACCAAUUUCCGGCGUUUACAGGCUCCGUCAGUUCCACUUCCACUGGGGUGCUAGCAAUGAAAGAGGAUCAGAGCACACUGUGGGGGGAGUGAAGUAUGCAGCUGAGCUUCAUCUGGUUCACUGGAAUGCUGGGAAAUACGCAAGCUUUGGCGAUGCUGCAAAGGCACCAGAUGGGUUGGCUGUUGUCGGUGUUUUCCUCAAGAUUGGCGCUGCCAGUCCUAACCUGCAGAAGGUCCUCGAUGCCCUUGAUGCGAUUAAGACAAAGGGGAAGCAAACUCCUUUCCCACAAUUCGACCCCAAGAUUCUACUUCCUUCCUCUCUGGACUUCUGGACAUAUGAGGGGUCUCUGACAACCCCACCCCUGCUGGAGAGUGUCACCUGGAUCGUCCUCAAAGAGCCCAUCACUGUCAGCUCAGAACAGAUGGCGAAAUUCCGCAGUCUCCUAUUCACCACAGAGGGCGAGACCGCUUGCUGCAUGGUGGACAACUACCGCCCACCCCAGCCCCUCAAGGGAAGGAAGGUCCGAGCCUCCUUCAAAUGAGAAAAGCACCGUUCCAGAAAACAUUGCAACCAGCAAAAAUGACGCUUCAUCAGAGUUGUAUAGUAUCUACAGUAAUCCAUCCCCUGUAGAGAUGAUAUUUGUCAUAGAACCUCAGCAGUUAUUCUACAGGAGUUUCUUUUCUCUUAUAUAAAUUAUAUAAAUCUGCAUAGUACAUGCACCUAUUUUUAGUUUAGAAAAACGAUUUGCUAAUAUCUGCCACUGCCCAAUAGACAUAUUGGUUAAAUAUUGCAAGUAAAUAUAUAGUGAUCUUAAUAUAUAUAUGUUAGAAGUUUUUAAUUAUUAAGAAUUAUGUAUAAGAAUAUGUAUUGCUAAACAAAAGUCUGAGAAUGAGAUUAUGCAAUUGAUGCCAAGCAUAUACAGUAGGUUCUUAAUCUGAUCUAUCAGCUUCCAGUGGAAAAAAAUAAAAUGCUAUAUGUACAUCAAAUAAACCCUAUAAAAACAUCAAAAGAGAAACAUUACAGGCAGCACAAAUGAAGCAUUACCAUGUGUAUAGGGGGAGGAGAAGCACUUUAUCCUUUCAGUCCAUAAUCCCUGUCUCCCUGUAUCAGGAUCACUGCAGCUUAAUGGAAUGUGACAUUCAGUGCAAUCACAGCUGAUUGAGCCUGAAAGCCCUCCUAGCAUCUACUAACCCACAUUUGUAGUCACUGCUGAAUCCUUUAUGAACUGAAUUUCGUCAUAACCUUUUAGAUCUGUUUGACUGCACGUAGGCAGCUAGUACUUCAGCAUGUACCAUUAUGUAGUAUGCACUGUUGUUAUUGCAGCUAUUUAAUGCCUUGUUAACGUUUUUAAAAUCAGGAAUUGUGCAAACUGGAACUCUUGUACUAGGGAGCCAAUCUAGAAUUCUUGCUACCAGCAAUGACAAGCACAUAGCCUUACUGAAAAAUCAUGUUUUUAAUCUGUUUUUAUGAUGCAAAGUGUUUCUGAAGUACAGCAAAUAAAGGGACAGUAAAUUAAUGGGUUAGGUAUUUCAUGCUUUAAAGUUUGAUAGCAAAGAAUUGUCAGAUCAAUGUCUUAAUCAUGAACAACUCCUACUUGAAAAGUCUUACUGAGCAAUAUUGUUACAUACUAUAAAUUUAGUUUUGUAACCUGAUUAAUUUUGAAAGUUUGCAAUAAAAUAUGUAUUUUAUCAUU